UCCUGGGAGAGAGCGCACCAAACAUGGCCUUGUCAUGGUCUAUCAUUAGCUGAUAUAGAAACUUAAAAAACACUGGUGGCUGCGCAUUUGCCAAUUCUAUCUCUUUAAGAACGAAGUCUCAAUGCUUUUGUAGAGAGAGAGAGGCGGCUAAGGAGAGAUUGUGAAUUUCGAGGCCAUAUCCAUCUGGGCACUCCCUUCGGUUUGAUCAAGAUAAAAGAUGAGUACACUCGAUGCAACUAGAGCAGAACUUGCUCUUAUAGUUCUGUAUCUGAAUAAGGCUGAAGCCAGGGACAAGAUUUGUCGGGCAAUUCAAUAUGGUUCAAAAUUCUUGAGCGAUGGACAGCCUGGUACCGCCCAAAAUGUUGACAAAUCAACCAGCUUAGCUCGGAAAGUUUUUCGUCUUUUUAAGUUUGUCAAUGACCUGCAUGGUCUUAUUAGUCCAGUUUCUCAAGGGACCCCCUUGCCUCUUGUUUUAUUGGGAAAGUCCAAAAAUGCGUUGUUGUCAACUUUCUUGUUUCUUGAUCAAAUUGUUUGGCUUGGAAGAAGUGGCAUUUACAAGAACAAAGAACUUGUUGACCUAAUUGGCCGAAUAUCCCUUUUCUGUUGGAUGGGAUCCUCAAUUUGUACUACUUUGGUUGAGGUUGGGGAGCUUGGGAGGCUUUCUGCGUCAAUGAAGAAGUUAGAGAAGGAGCUUAAGGAUGGUGAAAAACAUCAUGAUGAGCAAUAUCGUGCCAAACUUAAAAAAUCAAAUGAAAGGUCUCUAGCCCUUGUCAAAUCAGCCAUGGACAUUGUAGUUGCUGUUGGGCUGCUUCAAUUGGCACCCAAGAAAGUCACUCCUCGUGUUACAGGAGCUUUUGGAGUUGUUACCUCUCUAAUCUCUUGCUACCAGUUGCUUCCAUCACCACAAAAGCCAAAGACAAAUUGAAGACACGAGCCUGUUCUGCUCAAGAAGUCAAAAAAUGUCAUCUCAAUAAUUAUUUGAACUUUGUGAUAAACCCGUGUUGGUGUAAAGCUUUUUAGCUUCUUGCCAUCUUGUGGGUGACCUGGAAGGUUAUUUACCUAUUUAGUUCUCUAUUAUUCAGCACCCUCGUUAGUCACAAUUCACAAUCCAUUACAAUCUAUCUUGCAGUAGUAAUGAUAAUUCAGCAAAUGUAAUCUCUGGUCCAUGUUUUACUCUACAAUCAUAGCAGCUGACCUCCUAA